GCGGCAGUAGCCACACAUGGCCAAUUUAUAACAUGUGACUGCCAUGCUGCAAUAUUCCAACAAUUAGAUGAUCCAUACUCGCGCGGGAACCUUUUCCGUCUUGUUUAGGAGUCUUAGCGCACAGAGUAGUUGUGCAUCACAGGGGCAUGUCUCACUGGUGGCAAGGCAAUCCUCGGAGUAUGCCUCGGAAAUCCUUCUCUCUUUUCUUUUCUUUUCUUUUCUUUUUUUUUUACCGAGGCUCUUGACUGAUUCGCAGAGAGUCACAGAUCGCUACAUGUGCAGCCAGCCGAAAGACAGGUCAAACUCAGCUGGCUGGCUAAGCUGAUUGAACAGAUUGCGAGAUCAGAUAAUGAGCAAACCAACACGGAGGCUUAGAUUUUGUCGUAGGUAGACAAGGAGGUAGGCUUAGACUUAGGGCUAGUCUAGUUCAUUACUUUAAUGGAAAGGAUCUGUAUAGCAUGGGUUGCUGUUAGGGAAAAA